UAGUGAGUGCAUACUUAGUGAGUGUAUAUACUACAAAAGUAUUAUUACUACAAAAGUAAUUAAUAGCAUAUACAAUUUAUUAUAGUUUGUAGAAUUGAAUUAAAACAUUAAACAUUCGAUUAGUACUUAUCCACAAUGUCUGAACCCAUGACAAAAGAGGAAAUAUCCAACCAAUUAAAGUCUUCAGUAUACUUAAUGGUAGCUAAAAUGGUUGAAGAUAGAAUAAAGGAUUUACAAACUUCAGAUCAAUAUAAAGAGAAUCCCUUAAUAGCGACUCCUACUUUUAUAGCUACUCUUGUGGAAUUAGUAUUUAAUCAAAUUACAAGUCUAGGGGAAGAUCUUGAGCUUUUCGCCCAUCAUGCUUCGAGGUCAACCAUCAAACCUAGUGAUUUAUACAUGGUUACUCGAAAGAAUGAAGUUCUUACCAAUUACUUGAAGGAGUUAGAAGAGAAAUUGAAUGGUAAUCUAUGAAGUAGUUGAUCAAAUAACUAGACGAGCAUAUUAAAUAUCACAGCAACUAAACAUACUUAGGGCAUAACAGUCAAUAGAAUAUAAAGGGAUAAAAAUCGUCAACAACAACAACAUUAAUGCGAACAAACAGUACAGUUGCAAGGGAUGAGAUUCAAUUAGUAUGUGUACAAUUAGGUACAGUACUGUACAAUAUAACGGUAAUUAACCAGCAUCUUUCAUUACCUUUCCUAAUUGGGAAAAAAACAAUUUUAGCAUUAAUUUUGUGCGCGUACACCAAAUUUUUCAACCGUG